GUCAACGGCAUAGAUAUCAGAAACGUGCCUCACAGUUACGCCUUGUUCGUCCUGACGCAGCCUUGCCAAGUUCUCCGUCUCACUGUGCUCAGAGAGCAGAAAUACCAGUGUGGGAAUCCCGGACUUUUCCCUGAUGUUCCUUACCACAGGGAUGAGAAUUUGCACAUUACUCUGAACAAAAGCAACCCAGAGCAACAGCUGGGCAUCAAGUUGAUCCGUAAGGCCCACGAGGAUGGCGUCUUUGUGUUCAACCUGCUCGAAGGAGGCCUGGCUGCCCGUGACGGGGAAAUCCGAGAGGACGAUAAGGUUUUAGCCAUUAACGGGCACGACUUGCAGCACGGAAGUCCAGAAAGUGCAGCCCAGUUAAUACAAGCUAGCAAGAAGCAGGUUCACUUCAGCAUUUCCAGGCAAACCAGGCGACAGACCCCGGAUAUCUUGCAGGAAACUGGCUGGGAUUGCCACGGUAACCAUCUGCCCUUCAUUGCUGACAAGAGUGCCCUUCACGCAGUUACCUGUCAGGAAAAAGUGGUCAUUGUCCGAAAAGAUAAUGCAGAGUCCCUGGGAAUGACGGUGGCAGGAGGUCUGUCUUCACACAGAGACUGGAACCUACCUAUUUAUGUCUUAAGUGUUGAGCCGGGUGGAGUCAUCAGCAGAGACGGCCGAAUAAAAACAGGAGAUAUCCUGCUCAACGUGAAUGGAAUUGAUCUGACAGGUGUCAGCCGCGGAGAGGCGGUAGCCCAUUUGAAAAAUGUCUCCUCGUCGGUGGUGUUCAAAGCACUAGAACUGAAAGCGUGUGAGACCACGGAAGGAGAAAACGGGGACUUAUUGCCUGAUGCCAAUUUGAGAACCUCCAGUCAGAGCGAGUGGUCUCCUUCCUGGGUGAUGUGGCUUGAAUUACCAAGGUCCUUGUACAGUUGCAAAGAAAUUGUGUUGCGAAGAAAUACAGCAGGAAGUCUUGGCUUCAGUAUAGUGGGAGGUUAUGAAGAAAACAGUGGAAACCGGCCGUUCUUUAUCAAAUCCAUUGUGGAAGGGACCCCAGCAUAUAAUGAUGGAAGAAUCAG